AUGAUAUUUGCGGGUCCAUCCGCACUUCACCGCACUCCCACUCUCAGGGAGAAGCUGCACGAAUGGGGAAGUGUUGGGCCCACCGACAAUGGAUUGGAAUUCUCCUUCUCGUACAGCAGGCAGUGGCUAAGCGAAUCAUAUCUGAGACGGAACUGGGUUCCUUUCUUGUACUAUCUAUCCUCAAACCGCACAAAUCGCACGUUCGUCACCAAGUGCCGUUGGAAACUCAUGUUUAGUCUCCCGGCUUUGGCAUAUUGCGCCAAAGAUAUGCGGCCCUUGGUUCCCUCACUCCUAGCCUCAGUCAUGUUGAAUCAGAAUGGGCAAGUCUUACAGAUCCCUCAACCAUGGGCACAAGCGGCGUCGUCGAUGCUGCUAGAUCUGUCCUCCGGGACGGUACCUCAGGAUAGGAGAAUGCAGACUAUCAUUUCGGACGCAGCUCAUUCCUUGCAGAACAGUCCAGUCUGGACGCUUAGACAGGAUAACCAGGAACCGUUUGAGGUAUUCGUCACCAGACGGCUUCUCACAUACCAGAAUCUCCAAAGGACGCAAGGCGACUCAUUAAGACAGUUCCUACUCGCCACAUGGCCAUGCGAUAAUCCCAUAUUGGAAACGCAACGCACAGCCGAGUACACAAUGUUUAAUAUUCGCGCGGUCUUAGCAGAUGCGAGGCCAUAUUUCAAGAUGUGCUACAACAAUAACGUGGUCUCUUCGUUCACGGACAUAGUGCAAAACGACAUCAGUGCUGCCCUCCGAAUUGGCAUAACGGAAACUGUAGCCAGACAUGACUUCGUUCCCUGCAGCCAGAGACAUGAAUCCAAAUGCUCAACAAUUUCCGUCUCUCAUGUGUUCGCCACAAGGAACCUGCCUGCAGCCGAGAGCAUUACACGGAGUUUCAGGUCUGUUCAAGUGCCUGAAGCUUGGCGCUUCCCGCCAGACACGGCAAAGCUCGGGUUACUCAUAGAAGAAUUUCAGGAAAGCCCUGAUACAUGUAAGAGAUUGUAUGCCAAUGAUUUACAACAAAGUCGGCAAUCGUUGUGGGGUCAAUCUUCCGAGCCACUUCCCCCAUCAGUUAUAGUUUGGACCAUUGAGCAGGCGGAAGACUACCGCAAUGACUGUCGGCAAUCUAUGGAUGCAACCCUCGUGAAUAUACAAGGGUCGCUCAAUCAGUGUUCUUCUCACAAUGAAGAGACGCUUCAGCUGGUGGGCCUUUGGCCGCGACUUACUCCACGCACUGUCCUACGACGCCUCCUGCACGUCAGUAACCAUCCAGCUAGCAGCAUAGAGAAGUAUGCGUACUCGUACUUGGAGUACCAAAGAUCCCAGCGAUUGCUGCAUGCCGUGGUUCGUGAGAAUCACGCUGUAAGGGGAGUGACCUCAUCGCCCUAUGAGGUCGCUCACCCUUAUCAGAUGGUUAUCUUAUCUUGACAUAUUUGUAAUUCACUAUAUCUUACUUUCUUGCGCAGUUAGUGUAGGUAGUCUUUUUACCACCACCACUUGUACACUCAGUAGAUCGCCAAUCUACUCUGGUUAUCACUACUUGUGUGUAUUGAGUAAAGGUGGUAUUUUUACACUUUUUUAGUGACUUCAGCUAUAUUUGCAACUACUACUGUACUAUACCAUUCCAAUCACUUUGAAUGGCUUGUGACAUGUGACAUACCUGGACCAUGCUGAAUGAUCAAAUGCAUGACUAGUG